AUUCAACUUGCUCGCAACGAACUUACUCGAAUUUCAACAAAUUACUUCGUUUUUUUCGUGCUUCAUAAGAUUUUCAAUUUUCUAAGCAUUUCCAUUUGGCUUCGAUGUAAUGUGCAAUUGACCCAAAUCGCCAAGAGGACAUAAAUUCGUGACUAUUUUUCAAACAAACAAAUGGCGACAAUCUCUUUUGGAACGACUAAAAUGCUUUUUGUGUUUAUGAAAUGGAAGUGAGCUGUCUCUUUGUGAAGAAGUAGAAAAAUUGUGACGUUGAGUGAUGUUAAAGAGAAGUCGUAGAAACAAGCAAAAAUUAUCGUGUCGACAAUUCAAAACUGACUUCAAUGAAAAACAAUAUUUUGUGAGAAAUUGAUUGAAAUCUUAUUUUGUGUAUUUUUCGGUAAUUAUUAUGAAAAAGGAGUAUGUUUCAUGCUCAUAAUAUUAAAUCAUAUCGUAGAAUAUUUUACGAAAAGUGAUUGCAUGAGAAUAAAUUACAGUAUGGUGAUAAGUCAAGUGGGUGCUACUGCUUGGGAACAGUGAAUUUAAUUCAUAUUUAAACAGACUGUUAUCUAAAUCAAAAAGAAUUUCUAUAUGUAUGAUACAUUUCUUAUCGAAAAAAAUUGCGUGUAGCAUUGGGAAUUUCGUAUGGACUUAAAAAUAAGAAAAAAUACAGCACGAAACAAUGAAAUUUAUUCAUUGAAUAAAGUGAGAAAAAAAUCUUCUACGACACUGUUAAUUGCUAUAAAUAAACUUGUUUGCAAAUCUCAAAAAUGGAAGAACAUCCGUUAGUGUGCUACGGUGACCAUCAAAGUCUUGCCAAUGCGCUGUCAAAUCGUGAUAUAGAUUCAUUUCGUCGUGCACUACAUUCCCCCACAGAAGUUGAAAAGCGUGACAUCGAGUCGUCGAUGACGAUAUUUGAAAAGGCGUGUCAAACGCCCAACUGUGCCCAAUUCAUUGAAGAGUGUAUUUUGGCCGGUUGCGAUGUGAAUAAGUUGAAUUCCGAACUCAAUAAGCGACCAAUCAAUUUUGUUGUUGAUUCGCAUUGCGUCGAUAAUUUGGCUGCAUUGCUUCGAGAUCCAAGUGUAGACGUGAAUUCAAAAGGGCCAUCGCUUAAAACACCCGUUAAUUCGCUUGCCGAACAGAUAACCAACGAAAAUUUUCGAAACGUUUUUCCGUGUAUUAAAUUAUUGAUUCAACACGGAGCGGAUGUAAACGUACCAGAUUGGCGAGAGACAACCCCAAUCGUACACAUUCUCAAGAAUCGUAAUUUAAGUGCGGCCAAUAAAGAAGUGAUUGUAAAAUAUUUACUUCAAAAUGUGGUUGAAGUUGAUAUCGAUUCGCAUCGAAAUGGUGAAGCACGAAAAUUACUCCAAAAAUCACUGCCCGAAAUUGAGUUGAUGCCAAAAUCCAUUGACACCACACUGCCAAAUAGUACAUCGUCGCAUAGACAAUGGAAUUUUAAUCAUCUAUUUCUCGCAUUGAAAAAUGAACAAGAAGACGAAUUUCUGCAGGGAAUUCAACAAGUUGCUGAGCAAAACCCGAUGACAAUGCAAGAAUUAUUUACAGCCGCCGAAAGCAGACAGACAUUACUGAUUGUGGCUGUUGAAAAAGAUUUGGUGUUGGCCAUAAAGAAAAUGCUCCAGCUCGGCGCUGAUGUUAAUUUCUUUGUUGAUACAACGAGAGACACAAUGUCACCGGCAAAAUGUGCAUGCAUUCGUGGUCACUGGCGAUCGUUGGAAAUACUUUUGAGAGCACCUGAAUUGGAUUUGAAUUCGGCUCCUCUAUUACCCAUCACCGUGAAGAAUUUGGGUGAAAAACCGACUAAAGUUUGUGACUACGAAAGAUGCUUUGAAAUGCUUCUUAGUCACCGAAACAUCGAUGUGAAUCAAAUGGAUAUGAAUCAUAGUACGGCUCUGCAUUAUGCGGUCAAAUUCAAUAAUUCCCGAGCUAUUCUUGAGCUAUUAAAACAUGGCGCGUAUGUC